CACUGUAACUCAGCUGAACUCCCAUCUCCUGCCAACAUGACCUACAGCUGCUGUUCUGGAAACUUCUCCUCCCGCUCCCUUGGGGGCUACCUGCGCUACCCAAGCUCCUCCUGUGGCUCUUCCUCCCCCAGCAACCUGGUCUACCGCACUGACCUCUGCUCUCCCAGCACCUGCCAGCUGGGCUCCUCCCUCUACAGCGGCUGUCAGGAGACCUCCUGUGAGCCCACCAGCUGCGUGGGCUGCGUGGUGUCCAGCCCCUGCCAGACGUCCUGCUCCUGCCCAAGGACCUCUGUGCUUUGUAGUCCCUGCAGGUCAAUUUACACUGGAUCUCUGGACUGUGGAUCCAUCAGAGGCUACUGCCUGGGGUAUGGACCUAGAAGUUCCUACUCCCUGGGCUGUGAAUUCCAGGGCUUUGGAUCCCUGGGUUAUGGAGUCUAUGGGUUCCCUUCCCUGGGCUAUGGGUCCAGCGUCUACUGCCCUACCUACCUGGCUUCUAAGAGCAGCCAAACUUCCUAUUGCCAACCAACCUGUAGAUCUGGUUUCUACCACCAACCAACUUGUUAA